CAAGGAGUGGGGGAGGGGAGGCACCUACCUGCCUGUCCAUUGAAAGUACUUCCAUUCACCCAAGAAGUCUGACCUUCAGCAGAGACAUGGCAACCCAGAAGAUGGGAGGCAGGGGGCAAGGGACAGCUGAGCUGCUUGAACAGAGAAGGAGCAGCCACAGUGAUGACAGGAAGCAGACACUGUUAGCUCUGCUGGUCUUGGUGCUGUACCUGGGUACAGGGAUAUCAGGAAAUGGCUGGGAAGUAUCAGGACGGACCAGGGACUGCAACCACGCCCAGAAUCCUGUGGCAUCCCAGGGCUUUGAGUAUCAGACCUAUGAACCCGCUAAAGAGCCAAUAAGGACCCUCAGGAAGUGGCUGAAGAUAAAUUUGCAUGACUUUUUGGAGAAGCUAGAGAAAGAAGUAAGAGAGCUGGAACAGCUGGUGCGUGACCUGGAAUUCUGGCUUGAUGCACUUCUGGGAGAGCCACGCCCAGAAGAUCCCUGCUCCACCCACAAGGGUCAUUUGUGAAGGGCAGGCAGGUGCUGGGACCCGGGGAUCAGAAGACACAGUAAUGAUCGGGCUCUGACACUUGCUGCUCCAGGCAGGCUUGAGAAAAUAAAGGUUGAGAGGAUAAGUGUAGACACAGCUUCUGCUUCUCCCUGGUCCUACA